AUGUCUAUUCCCUCGACGUUUGAUGCGGUCAAAUCGCAUUUGGCUCAAGUACAACAAGAUCCAUCAACGGCGUUGGACGUUGCCCUCAUCGAGAAGCUGCAACUGCAGCUGAUUGAAUCUACCGACCCUUUGGUUCCUGCCACGCUUUUAUCACAGAUCUCAGCUCUUUUGCCCAUUUUGCAAGAGGACCCUACGCCCCUCACCACCCUAGGUAUCAAGGCCACUACAAACUUCAGCUUCACCGACCUCCAAUCCGUCGAUCCCCCUGUCAACCUUAUCGCUGGCUUCAAGGCCCCGUCACCACCCAUCAAUCUUCUCGCCCUAUCGUUACUGGCCAAGGCAGGAAAAUCCUCGAGCGAAGCUGCCAUAGUUGCAGGGGACUCUGAAUUGGUGGCUUCGCUCGUCGAAUUAUGGCUCUCUACCUCUUCGACAGAAGUCGCGCAAGCUGCACUUGAAACGUUAUGGGCACUCUUGGAGAUCGACGUUGCUAGUCAUCUGGAAACCGGAGAACCUGAGCCUACCGGUGAUCAUGCUCAGACGGGACAGGGUCUCAUGUGGAGGAGAGUGUUCAAGGAUAAGGAUGUCUACGGGCUCUUAUUUGGGCUAUGCAGCCUCCGGAAUGAAGCUCCUGGAGAUCUGUCUAAGCGCGAAAGGACUAUCGCACAAGGAAGGCUUCUGGCACUUUUAGGAAAAGCUGGAAGGCUUCGCUGGGACAUGAUAUCGACUGCACAAAUUCCAGAGGUUGAAGCCAAAUAUCAGAGCGAUAGCAUCCUGCAUUUUGCGACUUGUCAGAUGGUCCAAGAGAGCGACGUUUUGAUGCACAUGACACUACUCAGCUUCUUCCGUGAGCUUCUCGAUAUCGAAGCGCCAGGUCUCCACGCUCGCAGCUAUGUGCACUCAGCUUCGACUUUCUCGUCUCCUGCCCUCGACUUCCUGGUGGCGCAAAAGUUGCAUUCAAAGGUGCUAAGCUACUAUCUCGAUGAUUCAAAACUAGAUCCCGUUGAUUUGAUCUAUCUAUCCGGUCCAGUCAUGGCAUAUGUCUCGCGGUAUGCAGAGCUGUACCCGAACCACUUGUUGCAGAGUCCUGCUACCGUCCUCGACGGGAUUGUAUCAACCAUUAACAGAUCCCUCGCCAUCCCUGCCAUACAAUGGGCGCAUGGAGAAUCUCCCACAGGGCACUUGGCUGUUCUAGCCUCACUCCCUAGAGUGCUUCUCGUGGAGGCGGGCAAACAUGGCGCCAACCCUGUUCUAGCCAUUCCUACCGAUCCUGCAAAUGACGAAGCUCUGGAUGUUCUGGCAAAGAUUUUCCACGGACCGCAACGGAAUCAGAUACCUGGUUCAAUGGAUUUGAAUACAUCUGGCCAGACCCCAACCGACUGGGACCAUGAAGCAGCCGCAGCGCGCAUUCUGUACUUUCUCUACCUCAACGAACACCCUACUUUCUGGACCUCUGUGGUGGCCACCGCCGAUGUUCUCGUCAUGAAGGAUACUGCAUUAUCAGCUAUCACUUUUAUGAGGGCCAUUGUUACAGCCAACUGGAAACUCUCUCCCCCUUCUUCCUCUCAUUCCCACGCUUCGCGUUUCCAGCUACCCUCCGAAGAAAAUCUAAGUCAGUUAUCUCCAGCUACUAGUGGAUUCUUCCCCUCGUCCGGGGCAUGGGCAGUUCUAACGCCACCUGCACUGACGACGUUGUUGCCCUAUCUCUUCAAACCACCCCGCUCAUACGCAGACUUUGUUGGAGGCGGCGCAGGCGAUUCCCAAAAUGUUGUUUGGAAAGUGGCCACAGCUAAGCAUGAUGUUCUUGUGGUACUGUUGAACCGAUUGCGGGAAAAUGGAGGUCAGAUUGAAGGAUUCGACGAUAUCAUGCGAACCUUGCAACAGCGCGUGAAUGAGGGGCCUUGGGGCCCAGUGCAAUCUGGUGGUACCCAAGUGCUGACAGCUGAUUUAUGA